GUUAUCUACAGCUCUGGAUUUGUCUCAUCCUUUCUUAUGAAGUAUUUGAACACAAGAAUUGGAAAGAAACUAACAUAUCUAUUGGGCGCCAGUCUAUCAUUGAGCGCCAGUACUUGGCUUUAUUUUGGUACUUACGACCGCUUCAAGACUCACGAUAUAUACGGAGUGUCCGUUUUAAUGGGCAUUUCUGGCUCUACAAUGUUGAUCACAAGCCUUUCCAUUACCAAUGACCUGAUCGGACACAACACGUCGAGCGGAGCUUUUGUUUUCGGAGCCAUGAGUUUUGCGGACAAACUGUCGAAUGGGAUCGCAGUUAUUGUAAUUGAAAACUUUCAUCCGUGUAAGACAUGCGGAUGUAGUAUUUGUGAUGAUUAUUACCGAAAUAUAUUGACCUUUGUCUGCGGCGGGGCUACUGUUCUAACCCUGAUGGCAUUGGCACUAUUGGCUCCGCACCCGAUAGGUAUAUCCCGAAACAGUCACUCAAUAACACCCGUCAAUACUUCCAAUAGAGAUGAGUGCGAGAGUGAAGACGACGAUAAUAUAUGUGAUAACUCUAUUUCACCGCUCAUUCAUAAUUCGUGAUAUUAUUAGAGUUAGAGUGCAAUCCGUUUAUUAU